UUGGUUCGUCCACCAUCUUUCACGAGCUUGUACCAUCAGCUUAUAAAACAUUGUACUCUGCCAAAUCUCCAUUACCAAACAAAACAAACCUACCGGCUUGAACACCACAAAACACUCUUCACACAGAACAACAGUCACAAAAAGAACCCGUUUUUCUUCUGCAAAACAAAAUCACAAUGGCCAUGGCCACAAACCUGUAUACUUCAUAUUCUAUAAUAGCGACCAAAGCCCACAACAACAAAAGUGUCUCUCUUUCGUUACAACCUGGUACUUACACCACUAGCCAUGUCAAGUUCACUCUACCAAUUCAAAAAAGAACCGGACUUUCAAUUUCAGCUGCGAGUACUACUGCGACACAAGUAGAGGGAUCUGCAACUUCUAGCAAAGCAUCCAGGACUUUGCCUUUUAGGGUGGGUCAUGGGUUUGAUCUCCAUAGGCUGGAACCUGGGUACCCUUUGAUUAUAGGUGGGAUUGAUGUGCCACAUGAUAGAGGAUGUGAAGCUCACUCUGAUGGGGAUGUGUUACUUCAUUGUGUUGUGGAUGCAAUAUUGGGUGCACUGGGCCUCCCUGAUAUUGGGCAGAUAUUCCCUGAUUCUGAUCCUAAAUGGAAAGGAGCACCUUCAUCUGUUUUUAUCAAAGAAGCUGUGAGACUUAUGCACGAGGCAGGUUACGAGAUUGGAAACUUGGAUGCUACCUUGAUUCUUCAAAGGCCAAAACUGAGCCCACACAAGGAGUCUAUCAGGGCCAAUUUGUCUGAGCUGCUAGGAGCAGACCCCUCUGUUGUAAAUUUGAAAGCAAAAACUCAUGAAAAAGUCGAUAGCCUUGGUGAGAAUAGAAGUAUAGCGGCACACACAGUGGUUCUUCUCAUGAAGAAGUGAAGUGAAUGUCUUGAAAUGUAUACUGUUUUGGAUAGGGAAAUUGUACUUCAUUGGCAUUGUUAUAUACUGCUACACAAAUAAACCACUGUGUCCUCUCAGCUGAUAUCAUCGGUGUCUCGUACAAAUAUUUCCCUUUGGUGCAAGUUUAUCUGAAGAUUGUUUUUUUA